CACGUGAUGUUUCUCUGAAAAUGACGUAACGUUCCGCCGAGAAGAUGUCCUCCUUGUUUGCUGGUAGUGGUUGUUUUGUUUAGUUAUUUGAUACAUUGUUGUUAGUGCUCAUGUAACAGCAAGCAGUUGACUCGUAGUUUAGUUAUUAAUGAUGUAGGUAAAAUACUCGUCAGCUAAAGUUAUCACAAGCUAACGCAUUCUGUCGUACAGUAAAGCUGACCCCAGACUAUUACAUGGAACGCUGACACGGACUACUACCUGAAAACGUCCGAAAAAGGUGACGCUGUCCAGCUCACAAUAUGGCUGAUGACCCACAGAGAAAUUUUCGCUCGGCUUAUUAUGAGAAAGUUGGUUUCCGGGGAGUAGAGGAGAAGAAAUCACUGGAAAUCUUGCUCAAAGAUAACCCUCUUGAUCUGGAAAAGCUGAGCACCUUCAGUCAGCGCUUCCCCCUCCCCUCCAUGUAUCGGAUCCACGUGUGGAAGGUUCUGCUGGGCAUCCUGCCGCCUCACAGUGACUCUCACGUGUUGGUGGGAGGCUACAGGAAGGAGCAGUACCAGGACAUCCUGCAGGCUCUGGAGGUGAUGAGGUACAUCAGCUCCUCAGCACCUUCCACCCACAUCUACCUGCGCAUGUUCCAGCUGGAGAGCCAGGUGCUGCCGCGCUGCUCCGAGACCUCGCCCCCGGGUGAAGAAAGUGAAGACUUCCUGGCCAUCAGUAGAGCUAUGGAGGAGAUCGUUGAUGAUCCUGUGGAUUGCUAUUGGCUGAUCAAAUGUUUCGUCAAUCAGUUUCACACAAAGUUCGGCGACUCUGUCCCUCAUCUCCCCAAAAGUCUGGAGCACUACCUGAGCCAGGAGGAGCCUCGGCUGCUGAACCACCUGAAGAGCAUCGGUGCUUUGGCGCAGCUGCCCUACAACCUCUGGUUCAGGCGCUGCUUUGCUGGCUACUUGCCUGAAUGCAGCCUACAGAGAGUCUGGGACAAAGUGAUCAGCGGCUCCUGUAAAAUCCUGGUGUUUGUUGUGCUGGAAAUCCUGCUGAGCUACAAGAUCAUGCUGAUGGGCAUCAGUCAAGCAGAAGGCGUGGUCAGGUUUCUGUGCAGCAUUCCGCAGGAAAACACAGACGCCAUCGUGACUAAAGGCAUCGACUUGUGGCAUAAAUACUGUGGUAACCCGGUACACGCUGUGUAGCCACAGGUAUCUACAGGAACCAGAGAACCGGACCUGCAGGUGAGCCGCGAACCCGC